CUUCCGCCCCAGCUGCUUCCUUCCGGUUGUCUCUCGUGCCCUUCUUCCGCAGCCAUGCCUGAGCUCAGCAAAGAAGCCAAACAGCGCCUGCAAAAGGUGUUCAAAUGCGGACAGUUCACCAUCCGCUGGGGCUUCAUCCCCCUCGUCCUGUACUUAGGAUUUAAAAGGGGAGCUGACCCUGGAAUGCCUGAGCCCUCCUUACUAAGUUUAUUAUGGGGAUAAAGACUUUUGAAUCGCUGACAUCUAUAUAUACUACAGUAUCGAAGAAUACAAAGGAAUACCAGUGACCAGUGUAAACAGAUUAUUGUAUGCAACAGAGUGAUGCUGCUGACUUGACCUGGAUCUGGGCUGCCCCUUCUGACACAUUGUUUUUAUUCUGUACAAUGUCCCCUAAGAAACAACAGAAGUGUGAAGACUUUGUUUGAAUUAUAUAAGUUUUUCUUACUUGCAAUGUUCUUUUUUUUUUUUUUUUUU